CCGUUAAUUCGUGAACCUAUACUCGAAUAACAAUAUCAGUAGCCAAGUUACCUACGACCGCAGCCAUGCUGAUUAUAUUCUGUCUGACGUUGAUAGUUUCCGCCUUGUGCUUAGAUCCUAGAAUAAUCGGUGGUGCACCUACAACCAUCAGUAAGCAUCCGUAUCAGGUCUCUAUUCAUAAAGACGGUAUUCUCGAAUGCGGAGGCUCCCUAAUCCACAGGCAAUGGAUUUUGACAGCGGCACAUUGUGUCUACGGUGAGAGUAAGUCGCGCUUCAGCGUACGCGUUGGAAGCACUUAUCACGACGAAGGAGGCAGUCUGAUCACAAAGAUUGAUUCAAUCAUUUUUCACGAAGAGUAUGAACCGUACACUUACGAUUACGAUGUGGCUUUAAUUAAAUUGCCUAAACCUGUAACGUUGGGUUCAAAUGUAAAACUUAUUCUUCUUUCGUUACCAUCUGUGCCCAUACCACGUGUCAAAGCAACUGUUGCAGGAUGGGGAAAGACAUCGCCAAGCGGCACGAUUUCGAAAGUAUUGCAAAGCGUUACUUUGCCGAUUAUUGAUCAAGAGAAUUGUCGCAAGAUCUACGCUGGUUAUCGGCCAGUGACCUCCAACAUGGUUUGCGCCGGUAACGGCGAAAAAGACACCUGUCAAGGAGAUUCCGGCGGCGCGCUCGUGUACAACGGCGUCCAAAUUGGGAUCGUGUCCUGGGGCGUUCGGUGUGCGAGUGCUGGAUUUCCAGGAGUGUAUACGCGAGUACCCGCCAUACGGCAGUGGAUAACCGACCGCACGAAAGUGUAUAUACGCGACUUACUAGUGCACGUGCUUGUACGCUGUAGUAAGAUGUUGCGAAACUUUAUUUCCUGCUUCUUACUUGCCGCAUCCUUCUUGAUGCGAGCGGGCUCCCCUCUUGACCCUCAGGUCGCGAGAGGCACGGCAACCGACAUAAAGCAGCAUCCUUAUCAAUUGAGCCUCCAGCGAAAUUCGCGGCACGUUUGCGGAGCCGUCAUCAUCAGUAAUAAAUGGGCUGUCACAGCAGCUCAUUGCGUUAGUUCACCGGCAAGCGUUUACAGACUCCACGCAGGAAGUAACGACAAAUACGGGGGCGUCUACUAUCCAGUUAAAAGGAUCGUUCGACACCCCGCCUACAAUUUCCUGACGAUCGAUUACGAUAUCGCCCUUCUCGAGAUCGACGGCGAAAUCACAUUUAACGACAGGGUGCAGCCAGUGAAGCUGCCGGAAAAGGAACUCGCGAGCGGUGUUAUGGCGAACGUUACCGGAUGGGGCGCGGCGAAGGCAGAUGGAGAGCCGUCGCCGGUAUUAAUGAAAGUAUCGCUUCCGAUCGUGAGCAGAAAGACGUGUCGAGACAUAUACAGAUACAUCCGCAGCAUCACCGAUCGAAUGAUCUGCGCGGGUUACAUGUAUGGCGGUCAGGACGCGUGUGACGGCGAUUCGGGCGGGCCCCUUACGGCAAAUGGUACCCUCUACGGAAUUGUAUCCUGGGGAUACCGAUGCGGUCAGCCGUUUUAUCCCGGUGUUUACACCAACGUUGCGGAUCUUCUCUGGUGGAUAAAGUGGAUAAUCCUUGACAAUUACACAACUCUUGUGCAUCUCAAUUUUUGGACAAAAGAAAAUCGACUAAAAGGUCUGGAUGACAAUUACAUGAAACAAGAUCUUAAGGAAUAAAGGUUUUAUAAUGCAUGUUAUGUGAUAUUGUUUGUAAAAAUUAAUGCAAUCGAGAAUGCGAGUUUCCAUAAAUUAUCGCAUCAGGCAGGUAAUUUUCGGAAAAGAAGGCAAACGGUACAUAAAAUCGUUAUAAUUAAUAUACUGAUUAAUAUUAAAAAGUAAAUAAAUUAAGAGGAAAUAAUAUAAUAAGGCAUA